AUGAGUGAAACAGAAUUAUCACAAGAUCCAGCAAAACUCCAAGCUCUCGUCCGCCAACAGGCGAAGGAAUUAAAAAAGAUUAAACAGUUGAAUGCUGACCUUACAGAGAAAAGUGAGGGCCUUUCGGAUCGUACCAAAGCUCUGCAGCAGGUUGAACAGAGUGAAAAGAGCAUUACAAAAUCCCUUCAAGAACAAUUGAAUUAUGCCAGACAAGAGAAGGCGACCUUGGAAGCAUCGAUGGAAGCACGGGCCAAAUCAUUUCAGAGUACUUUGUCAAAGUUACAAAUUAACCAAGGUAACUUUCCAAGUCAUUCAAUUGUUAGUGAAAUCGGUGCAGGAAUGCUACCUUCGCCCAUUCCCACUGAUGCGCAAAAGUUGGCGAUGGAGUCUGAAGAUCCAAUCGUUUUAAAGCAGGAACUUCAAAACGCAUACGAACGUAUUCGACAACAAGAAUUAGAAAUUAAGAAACUCAAGUUUGAAGUUGAAAUGGAACAAGGACAUGUCAAUAUUUUGAGACACGAUAAUCAAAUGUUAAGGCAGAUCACAGUCGAUAUGCACGCAUCGGCUGAACAAGAGGAAGAAUAUAUUUCAAAUAAAUUACUAAAACGUAUUUCAGGACUUAAAAAAGAGAAAGGUGAAUUACUCCUCCAAGUUGAACAAGAGGAGGAAUAUCUUACCAAUACUUUACAAAAGAAACUGAAUCAGCUGCAAAAAGAAAAAAUUGAUAUGGAAAAUGCUCUCGAGCAAGAACAAGAAUAUAUCGUCAAUCGACUUCAAAAACAACUUGAUUCAUUGCGUCAACAACAGACAUAUCAUCCACAUCAUUCACGUGAGAACAGCACCUCUUCAACUUCUAAUACUGGGAGCAUCACUCCUUUACCUCCGGCUUCUCCUUCUUCGACUCACAAAAAAUGGAUAACUGCGCACUCUUCUUCCCCUACCUCUCCUGAUUUUAGUCUUGCUUCUCCUGGUAUAGUUGAAGUGUUAAAGGUAGAAGUUGGUACUCUCAGGACCAGAAUCUCAGAGAUUGAAAAAGAAUAUAUUGCGAAAUCAAGUCAAGCAACUCGAUUCAAGAAUGAAUUAAUUGAAUUGAGAAAGAAAUCUGGGUUACCAGUAGAAGAUUUAUUAUCAGAGGAACCUGUGCCCGCUUUUAUCAGACAUAGCAGUAAUCAGAGAAAUGCGCGAAGAUCAAACUCGAAUACGCACAACCCCAAUAAUUCCACGCAAAAUCUUGUUCGAGGUCGAUCAGUUUCUGCUGGCGAUGUUAAAUCCAUGCCUUUAAAUGUAAUCGGUUUGGGUCCUCAGAGCAUUAGCACGCAAGCCUCACGAUCACGUAGCGUGUCAGCAACCCUUAACCAAGCUCCCACAAUUGGAAACCCAAACAAAUCGGAACCUUCAUCAGCGUCACAAGGUUCACCUUCUCAAAAUUAG